UCGGAACGACCUUGCUUGUAUUAGACUGCGAUGCUUAUCUUUCGCUUCAUGCCCUUUUUGGGGCAGACUUCUCUUGGAUACGCUCUUCAUCGACACAAAAAUAAAAUCUUACUUUCGCUCUCUGCUGCAUCCAGCCUCAUUCAUAACACUUUCAUUCAUCUCCGGUAAAGAACUAUGAGGUUUGGACUCACCAGUCUCACACUCCUAUCUUUCAGUUACGAAGUGCUUGGACUUGGUUUUCAUUAUGGGAACGAGUUCCAGCGAGAGCAAAGCAAUGAAGCGAACAACUUUCAUAACCUAGCGCAAGUUCGCUUCGCCCCUAGGCCUGCCAAUAUACACGCUACACUUACUACCAAACACGAUCCUACGAACACCGUCCCACUUUGCAGAGACGAUACCAGCUGUCACUCGCAAAACUUGCGAUCCCAAAGAAGAGUUAGACCAGGGUCCUUUCCUAAUGAUCUUGCCUUCGCGACCUCAGCCACGUCUUCUAGCACGACCGUUGACGCACCCACAGCAACACCUACACCUUCAAGCCCAAAUAAGUGUGACACUACCAUGUGGGGUGUGAACUGCUGGAAGUCAGCCACUGGUUGUAAAGGUAGAGGGUCAGCUACGCCAAAGCCUCUGCGCUGCCUCAUAGAAAAUUGUAUGGCCCAAUAUACUUCCCGGAUAACCAUUGAAACUUUCUGUCAGCUUGAGAGCGCCACAGAAAGCUACAUGAAGGGCGACAACUAUUCGACAGCUUUGACCGUUACUACUGACCACUGGGGCCUUUCAGAUCGAGUAUUCGAUGAACGGUACAAAGACAAAUCACUAGGACCCCUACUGACAUGUACGGAUAUGGACACCAGAGUCGAAUGUACGGAACAACCAGAAACCAAGAAUUGCACGGGUGUAGAGGGAUUCAAUCACACAGAUCCAGCAGGCUGGAUUUAUAGCAAUUACAGCAAGGCCUGUAACAAUGAGAAUGACUGUUGGCGGACCUGCCGUGAUGCAGGUAAGAAAUUUCAGAUUGCAGCAUGGGCUAUUUGGGUUGCAAUGCUUGGAGCCUGGGCUGUCGCUAUCUUAGCAAUUGGUCUGCAUGUCUGCUUCGGCAAAAAAUGGAAAGAUGAUAUGACACUCAAAGAGAGGUUGAUGAGACGCUGGAGAGGAACACCUCGUCAUCCGACGCCAGCUCAGGAAACACAGCAAGUUGCUACAUCUGAGGGUCGUACUACGCCACACAGAAGGGAAGGAUCUGAUCCGGAUCGAGCGAACCGAGCAUGGUAGCCUCUUCAAGACCACGCAUUCGAUUGGCAGCAAACACUGUACUAGAAGCCCGCAUGUGGAGCUUAGACUUGACCAUUCUCCGGGAGUUUGGCAAACCUUGUGUAUGUAUGGCUUCAUGGAGGCCAUCUCUAUGCUCAUAUUCCUAUUACCUAUAAGCCGAACUACUCAGUUAU